UGCAGUUUGUAUAGCUGUUCAACAUGGUUUUUAAUGCACGUACCAUUCAAAAAUAUUUUGCUUCCAAGUAAUUUAUAAUCUAUAUUUACUGUUAAUGAAACGGCUGAAAAGAUGAUAACUUUAAUUAAUCAAGGUAGAAACAACGGCGCCUUUGUUUAUAAAUUAAUACAUUCUAAACCAACCACUUAACUAUAUUAUUAGGCCUAAUUUAAAAUGUCAUUAUUCGUUCAUUUCGAGAGGAAUACGAAUAAUUGUACCGAUUGCACCGUCCUUUCGUUAACAUGGAUGGGAAGAGUAUGCGAGGAGCUAUGCCGGAAAGCCGAUUGGUGGUUGCUGAAGGGGCCGGCAUAUUUCGAAGAUGGAUGGUUGGCAACUGGCAACGUGCGAGGUGUCGUUGGCAUUACUUUAACCACCUGCCGGUGCCAGAGGAAGUCUGAUGAAUUGCCUACGAGAGCGAAUUACAAUUUAAGAGGUCACAGAUCUCAUGUGACAAUAGUAAAAUGGAAUGAACCGUUUCAGAAAUUAGCAUCUUGUGAUAGUAGUGGUACUAUAUUUGUGUGGAUACAACAUGAAGGAAGAUGGGCUAUUGAAUUAAUGAAUGAUAGAAAGACACCAGUUACAGAUUUCUCUUGGAGUCAUCAUGGUCAAUUAGCAUUAAUAUGUUAUCAAGAUGGUUUUGUUUUAGUUGGUUCUGUUAGUGGUCAGCGUUAUUGGUCAUCAAUGCUUCAUUUAGAUUCUCUUAUAACAUGUGGUAUAUGGACUCCUGAUGAUCAACAGGUAUUGUUAGGCACUUCAAAUGGACAAAUAUUAGUCAUUGAUGUUAGUGGACAUAUUGAAUGUGAAGUUACUAUUAAAGAAAAUGUUGCCAUUACUUCUAUGGCAUGGUCAUGCCAUAAAUUUAGUUGUGAAGAAAAAAGUGAUUUUACAUCUAGUAUUCAGGCAGAAGAUAUGAAAUCAUUAUUAGCAGUUUGUCUUGAGAAUGGUUAUAUUUCUUUCAUUUCUUAUAUUCAGGAACCAGUUACUGCUAUAACCUGGGGUCAUCUGGACAAACGAAUUUUUAUUGCUACAGGUUGCUAUGUUAAUGUAGCCUGGAUAUCUUAUAAACUUGCUUCUUUACAACUUCUUUCUGCCAUGACCGUCCAGAAGUGCCUGAUGAAUGAGCAUUCUGUAGAAUUACUUCCUGUUGUUCAGUGUUUACAAUCACUUGUUUCUAGUUUGUUUGGACGAACUAUUAAGUUAGGAAUUAAAAUGGAUUGGUCUCAUAAUGGCGAAUUAUUAGCGAUAGCUGGAGUGUUAUCUGAGAUAAAUGGAGUUUUUUCAAAUUGGGUAUAUUUUUACACAGAAACAGGAACUGUGCAAUCUUCUAUUCAGAUACCAUAUUAUCAGGAACCAGUUACUGCUAUAACCUGGGGUCAUCUGGACAAACGAAUUUUUAUUGCUACAGGUUGCUAUGUUAAUGUAGCCUGGAUAUCUUAUAAACUUGCUUCUUUACAACUUCUUUCUGCCAUGACCGUCCAGAAGUGCCUGAUGAAUGAGCAUUCUGUAGAAUUACUUCCUGUUGUUCAGUGUUUACAAUCACUUGUUUCUAGUUUGUUUGGACGAACUAUUAAGUGCCAUUUGCCAGACAUUUAUCAUAUGCGAGAAUAUGUCUCCACACCACCACCAAAUAAUAACCGUUUACAUUGUACUAUGAUUCAUCAUGUGGAUGAUGACAUUUCAGGCAGUGUCACUUAUACGUUAUUUUUGGAAAACCUCGGUGGUCUAAUACCUAUAUUAAAAGGAAAACGUGUCAGCAUGUUAAGACCAGAAUUUGUCAUUUUUGAUCCUGUUUCAAUUGAUGAGAAAGGUAAAAUUCUUCACAGAAGAUAUAAACAGUUUCAUUCUGUUUCUUGUAAUGAUCAAACAGAUAAUCAUUCUUUAAACUCUAGUCCUGUGUUUAUUUCUACCUCUUCAUCAGAAAGUGAAUUGGAUGAAGGAUGUGUAUCACCCCAUGUUCAGCGUCGAAGACAACGUUUGAAAAGACUGGGAAGGGAGCAUAGAAUGCUUCGUAAAAUCUUAACUUCACAGAAAUAUGUUUAUGUUGAUGAAUUACCAGAGAAUGAGAAGAUAGUAAGUAUUACAUCGAAUAUUUGGGGUACAAAAUUUAAAUUAUUGGGUCUAGUACCUUGGCUUCCAUCUUCUCUUGGUACAGUCACAUAUCGAACGAGUCUUCUUCAUUUACAACCUCGGCAACUUAAAAUUGUAAUAAAAGAGUUGUGUGGUCCGCAGAUCAAUUUUUCAAAAUCAAAUAAUUCAUCUGAAAAUAAAGGAAUAGAAAAUUGUACAACAGAUUUUUCAGAUGAUGAGGAUGAAGUUGGAGCAUUAGGGAUAUCACCAGCAUUUAAUGAAGGUGCUCCAGUUGCUCCAAUGACCCCUCAGAAACAAAAGAAAGAUUUACUCUCUACAUAUAGUUCUAAUGCAGAAUCUUUUCAAAAUGAAGAAUAUCCGGAUUCUGAUUACAUUAAGUUUUUAUCAUCAGAUGAAUUUGUUUUAGUUCCUGAGUCUUCUUUUGGACAAAAAACUGCUAUGGAUAAAAGCAAUAAUAAUCAUAAUAAUAUGAAAAAUAAUUUCAAAGAUAUAAAUUCAAAAGUUCCUAAAAUUCCAUGCACAGAAAGUAAAACGGAAAAGAAUGAUAAUAAAGAAGGCACAGUUGAAAAAGAUAUUUCAUUUAAUAUUAAUAAAGAACAACAAAAGCAGUAUUUGUCUUGUAAAUCAGAAAAAUUAAUUAAUAAAGAUAAUGGAUCAUUUGGAAACAGCAUUAUCACUAUAGAGACAUGUAAAAUUAAUCAAAAAAAAUUAACUAAUAAAACAAAAUUAUAUAGUAAAGAUGAUAACAUUUUGGAUCUAUUAAAAUCUAAAAAAUUAAAUAAUUUUAUAUGUGAUAAAUGCAUUCAACAUCCAAGCUUAAUUACUCAUCAAAACGAUAUUAUAAAACAUCUUGUUGCAAUGGAUUUAGCAGUUGGUAAUCAAAAUAAUUUAUCAAAAUGGGAACCUAAUUGUGUAAUUAAUCACCAAUUUGAAGAAAAUGCUUCUCAUUCUGUGCAUCAAAAUAUGUCAUUAAGCCAAAUUUACUUGAAUUCAUUAUUUUGGAUGGAUAAAACAAAACAUUGUGGCUUUCUAAGAAAGUGUAAUGGUGAUAUUUGUAAAAGAUGCAUAAAAGAUUGUUCAUAUAGUAAUCCAGUUGUGAAAAUUGGUCAUAAAAGCAACAGUAUUAGCCAUUUGUAUACAACAGAAAGUACAAAUAAUGGAUCAUCAUGUAAGGAAAAUAAAAAAUGGACACAUUUAAAAUCAAAAUUGUAUUCAAAGAGCUCAAAUUUAAAUACUAAUCAAGAAACGUCUAAAACUCAAAAAGAUGAGAGCAGAUAUUGUGAAAUGAAUCCAAGAAAACAAAAUGAUCAAUUAAAAAUAGAAAUUUCAGAGUUUAAUCAAGUGUUGAAUGCAAAAUCAAAACAUUCUAAAAUACAUUCCUCUCUAAAUUUGGAAAAAAAUAUUUUGUCCUUAGAAAAUGCAAAGUUUUGUUCUAAAAAAGAAGAGAAUAAAUAUCAUGAUAUUGAAGAAACUAAACAUUUUAAGGGACAAAUUUUAAAUAAUGCUUCAAAAAUUAAUAACAAAGAAUCUCAACAUUUUCAAUUAAAUAUUGAGAACUGGCAAAAUAAAGAUACUUCAAAAACUUUUAUACAAGAAAACAAAAUAAACAAUUCUCAUAUUUCUGAAGAUUUAGAUGAUAGUUCUGAACCUUCUUCACCAAGAAUUUGCAGAAGCAUACCAUCUUCACCAAUUACUAAAAGAAAAAAGGAUCGUUCUUUAAAAAAUCUUCUGUAUAGUCCUUUGUUAUUAAGGAAAUUAAAAUGGCAACGAUUAGUUGACAGUUCUGAUGAAGAAAGUGCAUUUAGUGGAGAUGAAGUACUUAAUAAAAAUGGAAAGAAUUUGGAAAAAUCUCAUGCAAAUUUUAAGAAAAAGCGUAAAAAAAGAAAUUUAAAUAAAAUUGUAUCGGUGGAAAAUGAACAGAAUCCACCACUAUGUGAACAUAUUUUGGAAAAUAAAAUGCCAUUGUGGAAUGAAACUCAUCAAGUUUAUCAAUUGGAUUUUGGUGGCAGAGUUACACAAGAAUCUGCCAAAAAUUUUCAGGUAGAAGAUCAUGGAAAGCAGGUGUUACAAUUUGGAAGGAUUAAUAUGAAUGCAUAUACUCUGGACUUCCAGCAGCCAUUUUGUGCCCUCCAGGCCUUUGCCAUUGCCCUUGCUAAUAUCACACAACGAUUAAAGUGAUUUUGGCAAAAAAUUCUGCUCAAGAAAAUAUUUAUAUGUGCAGUGAAUGUUCUGUGAAAAUGUUUGAAAUUUUAAUUUAUCAUAUUUUGUUUAUAAUUAUAAAAUUUAU